AUUCAAAGUUUAGAAACUGUUAUAUAUUAUUAUAUUUAUCAAAUAAUUAGACUUUCUGUUGUCAAAACGGAAGACAGUCAUUCAAAACUAAUUUAUUUUUAAAAUUCUGGAUCCUAAUUCCCUGAAUGACGAUCCUAAGGACUCGUUUUUAAUUUCUUUACAAAAUCGACAAUUGUAUCAUAAAUGUGACACAAACAAACCUUCAUCCAAAAAAAAAAAAAAUAAAAACAUGUUUAAAUGAGUAAAAUGAAUAAGUUUGAACCAUAGGCGCUUGGUUACACGAUGGUGUAUAUUCUGUAUAACGUGUUUGUUCUAGGUGUGUCUGAAUACUUUCAUUAAAAUAAAAAUAAAAAUUCGCCGAAAUUGGCUCGUUUUAAAAAAUAUCAGAUUUAGAGUAAAGGAGCGUCACUCGCCAUCUUCAAAAUCAGGGGGUGCCUCGGUUCACACUUGAUUUUAAUCCAUAUUUACAUUUUUGCUACUGGUGUUGGAAGAGAUCUAGCUUCAAAAAUGAUUGAAUGAGUGUAUUUUUACUUAAAUUUGACGACCCGCAAGGCAGAAUAUGAAGUGCCCCUCCCCCCUUUAUUCCCUUUUGGCACUGUCGGUUAAAGAUAUUCUUUGCAAUAAAUUUAUGUCAUCUAGAUUGUUUUUAUUAUUUCAUUUUAAAAUAUAUGUUUAUUUCAUUUAUCGCGAUAAUUCAGCUCGCCUCGAGAAAAUUUCCUUCCGAAAUAACAAAGUUUUGCUUGUCAAAGUUGCACUUACUUUCACUUUCUCUUUUCAUUUGUGUGUCAUUUCCACCACUUGUGUUUUCUAGUCCGACCGGCGACCGCUAUCAUUUUAUGCUCAAUGCAUAAUUUAUUAUUAUACUGUAAAGUUAAGGACCUUAAAGACUUACAGUAGAAUGGAUAAACAAAGAGGAACAGAGAGAAAAAGACUGAAAAUUAUUCUAUGUUUAAUUAUCAUGUUUAAGGUGUCGCUGUUGAUCAAGCUGAAAUACUGUAAGCCAUGUUUGCGCUUGUGCUUUUUGACUUGGAUGGCUGCACAGCUAUAGUUGAUGCCAAGAAAUGUCAAGUCCCUGACAUUAAAGCCUUGUUGAAAGGACAGCAUGUUGAUGUCAAAUAUCAUAAGGAGACACUCAAAGUUGAAAUCUUGGAGUUAUCUGAGUCCAGAGCUGUUCUGAACCAGUAUGAGGAUGAUUGGUCCUUGAGCCAUAGGUCGUUGGCCCUUGAUAAAGAGAAGAAAAAGAGAAGAAACAAAAGAAAUGGAUACCUAGCUGUGUGGCCACAUGAUCAGGAGGACUUGAUUCCCUCAACACCUGAGACCAACCAGAACAUGGAGGAAGAGCCUGAAGAAACAAGUGAAGAAAUCAAUCUGCCCAAGGAACCAGAAAGAAAUAAUCCCAAAGAACGAAAGGGGUCCAAUGGGAGGAAGAUUACCAUUCUGUAUGAAGGAUCUGCUGAGAAUCAGCCAGCCAAUGCCAGUCCACAGCGUGCUCCAUGCUAUCUACAGGAAUUAAGUACAGAUGAGGCUGAAGUCGUCGAACUCCAAAUGAACUAUUUCAAACAGAACAAAAUCUGCACCUCAUCUCAGACUGAAAAAGUGGUAGUGAUCCAAGAUGAGCAAGAAAUUGUAGACCUUCUCUCCAGCAACAAAAAGUGUCAUCACAAAGCCACCCAAAUGGAUGAUACUGACUCUAGAGACAUUAACCAAGUCCGAGAAAUGUCAACCCAGACUGAUGGUAGAAUGCAAACAGAAGCCCAGGAUUUGACUGAGGUGAAUCGAAAGCUUGAUGAGAUCCUGAGCCUUUUACAUGGAGCAAUAGACAAUUCCAUGAGGGUCAACAACGUCAGUGAUAUCGUGCGCUGGGUGACAGCCAACACCUCGACACCACAACCAGGCGUGUCAUCAGUAACUAUUGUUCCAGUUGAGGAGGCUUCAAUUCUGGAGUUACCAAUAAGGGAAGAAAACAGAACAUCACCAGUGAUUGCCACUGAAGCAGCAAUGAGGGAAGACGAGUAUGAACACAGUGAUUCUCCUCCUCCAGCGAAAAAGGCCUUAUUUGAAGUGGAAGAUGAAGAUGUCGAGACGGAAGAGGAGCAACCUUUAAUAACCGAAGUACAACCCAGUGCUCUCGAGAGCGAAGUUCGUGCUCCACUGACGGACGUCAUCCACAGAAUCGGCAACAGAAAGAUGGUUGGUGAAGACAAGAUCCUUACCCUGGAAAACAAGCCCUUGGAACCAAUCAUUGAAAUCAAAGAUGUUAGUGAUGUCGUACCAGGGGAAUUCCAGUUUAGGAUGAGACGGGAUGUCCUUGCCGAUGUCAAAACUGGUGCUUGUUCAGAUGGAAAUUUUCUGUGGCUUUUGACCAGGAAGCUGUUUCAUGACCAUGAGUUGCGAGGGAAGAAUUUCUUUGGACGCAAAGGACGACCUGCGAUAUCACCUCGGCGCAGCAAAUGCCUAAAGCACGCUUACAUUGAAUGCUGUGGAACAAGCUACAAGGAAUUUACCAAAGCUGUGAGCAGCAUCAACAAUGGCAUUCGUUCACUUAGUCGUUAACUUCACAAGUAAAACUUCGGAGUGUGUGAAAUUUUGAGGACUUCAAUAUUAUAGUCCCAUGUGCAAUCAAGGGGCUUGUUUUAUUGUGUAUAUUGAAGAACGAGUAGAACUAAAAAUAAAACUGGACUACAUACUUUUUCACAUGUUGGUGAAUUGAUAUUGUAUUCAUAUCAAGACAUAUCUUAUUUAUUAUUUGAUGAAAAAGACUGGACUCAUGCUUUAUCAUAUGUUGGUGAAUUGAUUUUGUAUUCAUAUCAAGCCAUAUUUCAUUUAUUAUUUGAUGAAAAAGACUGGACUCAUGCUUUAUCACGUUGUUGAAUUGAUAUUGUAUUCAUACAUGUAUUAAGCCAUAUUUAUUAUUUGAUGAAUAAAUUUUCAACUUUUCA